UUUUACAAACAGAAGUUUUACAUUUUUAAAUUGUAUUCUGAACAGGUUUAGGAAGUACAUCGACCAACAACGCAUUUCGUCAAUAACUAGUGAGCUUUCCUGCCGUAGGUACAGUAGCCAGCUAUAGUAACGUGAAAUCACCCACUUAACUGUAACUGGACACUGAAACCAAGGUUUUGACUGAAGCUAUUCAACCAGCAGCGGUUAACUAGCUAUCCUGCUAAUUCAUUCAAAAUGCUUGCAGCUUCCCCCUUCAUGACAACUAUUUCAAGGAAAGAAUGGCAAAUGUGUAGGAGGCUAGUUAGUUGAUCUGGGAAGCCAAGAUUUGUGCCAAUUUAACAAGUGUAGCCUGCCCUUUUAAGCCUCUGAUCCUCUUAGUGGGAUGCCACGUGUUUCUGGGCUGCGUCGGGCAAUUGUGGACACACUGAAUAGAGGACACUAAACAUUUUAUGAAUGGCUUGGAAUUCCCCAAGAGGUCAGGGCAGCAAGCCUCGGGCAUGGUAUCAAAGAUCGUAUGUGCCCAGGAAGCCCUUGCUCCAAAGCAACCUGUCCGGAGAGAAUGAAGCGGAGAACAAGUCACUAGACCUUCUUUCAGUCAAUGUGGAAAGGCCUUCCCUUUUGAGUGGUUCCAGUGAGGCUCUGUCCUCUAGGGAGAGACAGAGGGAUGUUGCAGAAAGGUGGCCCACUGAUUCGUAUCGGGGCUGUGAAGAAAAUAAAUCAGGGGUCGAUCUGACUGGCAGCGAUGUCCGCGUUCGAACUGGGUCACGGGGAUGUGGGUCAUUGAGCUCUGGUCAUCCCUGUGGCCCAGCUGUGGAUUGGGUUGAUGUUGGCGGUUGGUGUGGAAAAGGGGACAGGGGACCUCAACAAAAAGUGAAGGGAGAAUGUGUCACUUUUGUCCCAAGAUGCAGUGGUUCGACAGCUAGUCUCUACCCCGAGGUCCCCGCUUGGCUAAACAAGCGCCCGGGUGAGCCUGACAGUGUCUCCAGUGCAGAAGUGGUUUGUCCAAAGCAGACUGGAAAUGUGUCAGGCUUCCAGAAUCUACUGGAGUCCUCCAGGACAUCUGCAUGCUUGCAUAGGUCUAUGUUGGACCUGGAGAUGGGCGUAUCAUUUGUGGAUCGAGGCCUACUGCCCCGGGGAAGGAAUACCUUUGGAGACGUGGCCUUGUCACCUCUGGAUCUAGAACCUCCUUUAUACAACAAACAACCCAGCCUCAUGUCCUCCAUGUCCUGCGGUGUAAAAAUGUCAUGCUCCGUCACUCAGCCUCACAGAGGGGGCGGGGAGUGUUGGAACGGCAAGGCGGGUUCCUUGACAGGUCUGUAUUCGGGCAACUGGGGGAAUCAGUUCUCCGGACCAUAUCCUCGUACUGAAAUUGCAAGGAAUGCUGGACAACAGUCGCCAAACCUUCUUUCAUCAGGCGUAUCAAUGGUGGCGGACGUUGAGCCAGGGUUGAAAGACGAGUGGGAGGCAGACGGGAAGACUGACUUUUUAGAUUUCACCCCGUGCGGCUCUGAUUUCCUAAGUGAUGGGUGUUUUUUACCGGCAAGCCUUUCUCGGCGUAGCUUCUGUGGCAGACAGAAGACCACAGGGGGGUUUUCAUCCCGCCUCUGA